AUGGACGGGCACGAGGACGCUGGGGAGAAGGAGUACGAGCGUAUAUGGAAGGCUGCGGUAGAGGGGCCUAGCGGCGACAACUCGCUCGAGGCAACGCUAGCACACCUCGAUGAGGUCGAGAGCAAACUCCAGGCGCUCAGGUCCGACACCAUCGCGCGCUUGGACGCGGCGAACGCGGAGCUGCAAAGUCACCCUCUUGUGCAAGCGUCUGGCAUCGAGAUGCUGAGCGAGAAAAUGCGUUCGGCGCAGUCGGCCUUCGAGCGCCUCGAAAUGCGACUCAGCAUGGUCGCGCACACCGCGUCCCGCAUCGGCAACCGCCUCAAAAGCGUGCACACGCUGCGCGAGACCGCCAACGAAGCACGCCGCUGCAUCGCGCACCUCUUCGAAUUCGCCACCACGAACAAGAGCCUCGUCGGCCUCAGCCCGCUCUUCGUCGAGGAGGAGCACGAGAAGGACGCCGCCGCCGAAGUCGUCAAGCUCCGAUCCAUCCUCCAGGAGAUCCUCGCCCCCGCUGCCGCCAACAACAACAGCGCGGCGACCACCGGGGCAGCCGCGGCGCCGCGCAGCACCGCGCUCCGGAACCUCCGCGCGGCCUCGGAGCACCUCGAGCUGUACGCGGCCGCCCUCGAGCGCCGCACGCUGCAGGCGUUCCGGCGCGGGUGCGCCGCGCGGGACGUCGAGGGGAUGUCGCGAGCGGUGGACGUGCUGCGGGCGCUGGGGCGCGAGGAGCUGGUGCAGGAGGAGUAUCUGGCGGCGCAGGCGCCUGCGUUGUCGCCGGAGGGGCUCGGGCUGGACGAGGAGAAGAUCAGUGUCUCUUCGGUGGCAACGCAAGAGCCCCAUCAGCGAUUGAGCUUGCUUCUGGGAGCCACGAAGGCGCUGCUCUCGGCGCUGCAGGAGGAGGCACAGGUGCUCCAGUCGAUCUACCCCGAGCCCGAGCAGGCGCUGAGCGACAUGCUCUCGCGCGUGGCGGGGCGAGACGGGUGGCUGGGCCAGCUGGCGCAGGGGGUGUUCGCCGUGCCCGACAUCAGCGACAACGCGAACGCCGAGGAGCUCCUGCGCUUCGUCAACCUCCUCGAGAGCGCGUUCGAGCGCAUCGAGAAGCUCCGCGCCGCCGCGGAGCCGCAACUCCCUUUCCCGUGUUCCGCGUACUCCACUCACUUCCCCCGGGGUCUAUUGGACCGCGCCCUGAGCCAGCACCUCGCCAUCGAGCGCACCGUGCUGCGCCAGCUCGCGCAGGACCUCUGCAGCUGCCUCGGCGACGGCGGCGCGACCGUCGGGGACCUCAUCUGGACUUUGGUUUCGGGUUUCCGGGACGCUGCGGAGAGGGUGAGGGCGCUGGCGGCGCCGGACCGCGUCGCGGAGGACCUGCUGGAGCUGUACGCAGGGCGGGGCGGGGACGGCGGGGCGGGGCACCUGUUGGGGGGAGUGAGCGUGGUGGUGUCGGCUGCGUUCCAGGCGGAGGCUCGCCGGGCGCGCGCGGCGGGCGCGAAGCCGGCGCAGGCGUUCGUGCGGACGAUGGAGGUCGUGGGAGGCGUGCUCGGGGGGAUGCGGGCGCUCAAGGCGCACUACGAGGAGGAUGUCGUCGCUAUGUUGAGAGAUUCUGAGGCCGCGGCCGCGAGCGCACAGGCGGCGUUCGCCGCGGCGCGCAGCGGCGCCAGCUCCGCGAUCGACGCGGCGCUCGCGGGGGCCGUCUCCGAGCUCCGCGCGUCGCUCGACGCGUUCCUGCUGCGCGCACAAACAAAGACGGACUUUAAAGUCGCUGCCGGGGCCAACAUCGACGUGUCGCGGCCCACCGCGGCCUGCCGCGGCGCGUCGUCGGCGUGCCUCGAGUGCACGAUGUCCGCCCGGGGCGUGCUCUGCGCCGCAGGCAACCUAUCGGCCGUCGAGGCCGAGAUAUCCGCCGCGCUCGCGUCCUGCGUGCACGCCCACGUCCGCCGGUUCACCUUCUGCGAGCUCGGCGCCCUGCAACUCAAGUGCGACCUCAGCCACUACCUUGACACAGUGCGCCGCAUCGCGCCACCAUCCAAGAGCGCCGGGGCGCCCGCGGCCGGCGCGCUGCGGAACGGCGACGCCGAGGCGCGCCUCGAGGCGCUCGCGGAGCAGGCUGCGCUGCUCGUCGUGCCUCCGGAGUCGCUGCCGAGCCUUGUUGACCAUUCGCUAGGGAUUGGACGCAGUGAGGCUUUGGAGCUCCUGCGGCUGCGGGACGACUUCAAGACGGCCAAGGUGGGCAACCGGCCGCUGUCGGUGCUGUUCCAGGCGGGCGUGGCGUAG